ACUCAUCACCCCAAACAAACAAAAGAAAAAUUCACUCAAAAACCUCUAUAGCACAAUGACUAAUUAUAAUUUCAAGCACAUAGCCAUCUUCUUCAUUCUCAUGUCAAUUUUCACACCUCAAGUUUUAUCAGUAGUAGAGGAUUGUGGAGCAGAAGAAGACAACUCUUGUGUCAACAAAUCUAAAGCAUUACCCUUAAAAAUCAUAGCCAUAAUCUCCAUCUUAAUCACAAGCAUGAUCGGAGUGUGUCUUCCAUUGGUCACACGUUCUAUCCCAGCCCUAAGCCCGGAAAGAAGCCUUUUCGUGAUCGUCAAGGCAUUUGCAGCCGGAAUUAUUCUAGCCACAGGUUUCAUGCACGUUCUGCCGGACUCAUUCGACAUGUUGUCGUCCAGUUGCUUAAAAGAGAACCCGUGGCACAAGUUCCCCUUCACAGGAUUUGUUGCUAUGUUGUCUGCUAUAGUAACGUUGGCUAUUGACUCUAUAGCUACUAGUUUGUAUAGCAAGAAACAUAAAGCUGGUGUAGUUAAUCCAGAAAAUGGUCAGGCUCAAGGAGGUGAUCACGAAAUGGGUGUGGUAAAUGCUGGACAUUCCCAUGUUCAUUCGCUUCAUCAUCAUGGAUCCUUUAUGACUAAAGAUGGAGUUGAUGCGACAAAACUACUCCGAUACAGAGUGAUUGCCAUGGUGUUAGAGCUCGGUAUCAUUGUUCACUCUAUUGUGAUAGGAAUUUCACUAGGUGCUUCAAACAAUACUUGCACAAUUAAAGGACUGGUUGCUGCUCUUUGCUUUCAUCAGAUGUUUGAAGGAAUGGGCCUCGGCGGUUGCAUUCUCCAGGCUGAGUACAAUUUCUUGAAGAAGACAAUAAUGGCAUUUUUCUUCGCCGUAACAACCCCAUUUGGUAUAGCGCUUGGGAUAGCCCUAUCAAGCACUUACGAAGAAAACAGCCCACGUGCACUAAUAACCGUUGGAUUGCUCAAUGCAUCAUCUGCUGGCCUUCUGAUCUAUAUGGCUUUGGUAGAUCUUCUUGCUGUUGAUUUUAUGGGUGAGAAGUUGCAAGGCAGUGUAAAGCUACAAAUCAAGUCCUAUAUGGCUGUUCUUCUAGGUGCUGGUGGAAUGUCUGUCAUGGCCAAAUGGGCCUAGUUUUGUUUUUCUUAAUUUGUUUACAAAAAUAAGUUUGUGAAUUCCCCAGUUUUAAAAUUGUAAUUUUGUAUCCUUUUCAGUUUCGUGACUGGUUUUUAGUAGCAAAAUAUUGUGUAAA